AGGUCUUGGUAUUGCCAGAGAUUCACGGAGGGCCGAGGUCCCGGCAGUUGCAACCUGCACGUUCUCUCCCAGGACCUUCCCACUGCCUGAAGCAUUUUCCCGUUGACCUACGGACCUCCAUGGAUGGCAAGUACAAAGAGCUUGCUGAGGAGUUGUUUUGUCACUCAUUGGCUGAGAGUGAAAUGCGCAGUGCUCCCUAUGAAUUCCCAGAGGACAGCCCCAUCGAACAGUUGGAAGAGAGGCGCCAACGUUUGGAGCGGCAGAUAAGCCAGGAUGUGAAACUAGAACCAGAAAUUUUACUCAGAGCCAAACAGGACUUCCUGAAAAUUGACAGUGCUGCCGACCUACAAUUAUUUAAAGAACAGGGUGAAGACCUAGUAGAUUACCUUCCAAAAGAUCGAGAUGUAUUUUUGGAUAGAGAGUUCCAGAGGGUCACCAUCUCUGGAGAAGAGACAUGUGGGGUGCCCUUCACAGACCUGUUGGAUGCUGCUAAAAGCGUGGUCAAGGCAUUAUUCAUUCGGGAGAAGUAUAUGGGGCUUUCUCUGCAAAGUUUCUGUAAAACCACAGCACGAUUCCUGCAGGACCUUUCUGAAAAACCCUUAGUUCUCAGGAUGUAUGAGGAGAUCGCUGAGACUCCUGUGGCUGCAGAUGCCCCAGUGCACCCUCCAUUUGGAAACCAGCAUCCUUAUGAGAAAUGUGAUCCUGAAUCAAUGCCUGGAGAUCUUGGCUUUGGCCUCAGGAUGGUCAAUGGAGUAGUUCAUGUGUACACCAAGCAGGACAUCACUGACAAGACCACUGAACUGGACUUGCCUUAUCCUGACCUGCAGGAGUUUGUGGCUGACAUGAACGUUCUGAUGGCUCUGAUCAUUAAUGGCCCCAUAAAAUCCUUCUGCUAUCGAAGACUUCAAUACUUAAGUUCAAAGUUCCAGAUGCAUGUUCUGCUCAAUGAGAUGAAAGAGCUGGCAGCUCAGAAAAAGGUGCCACAUCGUGACUUCUACAACAUUCGGAAGGUGGACACACACAUCCAUGCCUCAUCCUGCAUGAAUCAGAAGCAUCUGCUGCGCUUCAUUAAACGGGCUAUGAAGAAACACCUGGAGGAAAUCGUUCAUGUGGAAAAGGGCAAGGAGCAAACCCUUAAAGAGGUCUUUGAGACCAUGAAUCUCACAGCAUACGAUCUGAGUGUGGACACCCUCGAUGUCCAUGCGGAUCGUAACACCUUUCAUCGAUUUGACAAGUUCAAUGCCAAAUACAACCCCAUAGGAGAGUCUAUUCUGCGGGAGAUUUUCAUUAAAACAGACAACCAAGUCUCUGGAAAAUACUUUGCUCAUAUCAUCAAGGAAGUCAUGUUUGAUCUAGAAGAGAGCAAAUAUCAGAAUGCAGAACUGCGGCUGUCAAUCUACGGCCGAGCACGGGAUGAGUGGGAUAAGCUGGCCAAGUGGGCUGUUACCCACCGAGUGCAUUCCAACAAUGUACGCUGGCUGGUGCAAGUGCCUCGGCUAUUUGACGUAUACAAAACAAAGAAACAGUUGGCCAACUUUCAGGAGAUGUUAGAGAACAUUUUCUUACCUCUCUUUGAAGCCACCAUCAACCCUGCCAGCCACCCAGAAUUGCAUCUCUUCUUGGAGCAUGUGGAUGGUUUUGAUAGCGUAGACGAUGAGUCCAAGCCAGAACACCAUAUCUUCAACUUGGACAGUCCCUUACCUGGCAGUUGGAUGGAAGAAGAUAACCCGCCAUAUUCCUAUUACCUUUAUUACACCUAUGCUAAUAUGGUGGUGUUGAAUCAUCUGCGUAGGAAGAGGUGCUUCCACACCUUCGUGCUGCGACCCCACUGUGGGGAGGCAGGACCCAUCCAUCAUCUUGUGUCGGCUUUCAUGCUGUCCGAAAACAUAUCUCACGGCCUCCUCCUUCGCAAGGCACCGGUGCUGCAGUAUCUCUACUACCUGGCUCAGAUUGGCAUUGCUAUGUCUCCACUUAGCAAUAACAGUCUGUUCUUAAGCUACCAUCGUAAUCCGCUACCUGAGUACCUGUCACGGGGGCUCGUGGUCUCCCUGUCCACAGACGAUCCCCUGCAGUUCCAUUUCACUAAGGAACCCUUGAUGGAAGAGUACAGCAUUGCAACACAGGUUUGGAAGCUCAGUUCCUGCGAUAUGUGUGAACUGGCACGGAACAGCGUGCUCAUGAGUGGCUUCUCCCACAAGGUGAAGAGCUACUGGCUUGGACCCAACUACCUGAAGGAGGGGUCAGAAGGCAAUGACAUCCGUCGUACCAAUGUGCCAGACAUCCGGGUAGCCUAUCGCUAUGAGACACUUUCCCAGGAGCUGACUCUCAUCACCCAGGCUGUGCAGACAGAGAUGCUGGAGACCAUCCAGGAAGAAUUAUGAGCUCCAUCCGGGAUACUUGCUGAAAGAGACUCAUUCGUCAUCAGUCUCCCUUUCAGCUCCACACUGGCUUGACAAGCUGGUUAUCUGUUAUGUGAGCGCAAAGAGAGCCUGACCAUCCACCUCCCUCAUCCCAGAGACUUUUCUACUUUCCUGGUGUGUGUGUGUGUGUGUGUGUGUGUGUACGUGUGCGCGUGUGCGUGUUUCCUUCAAUAUCUCUUUUGCACUUGGUAAUCUGAUGGGGCCUCCUGGGAGGUGAAUAGUUAGAAGUGUUUCUAAGGUUUUGUGUCCAGGAACCAAGGAAAGCCUCUGUAGUGGGAAUGGAAAGGCUGGUCAGAUCGUUUGAGAGCCAAGGCCAAAGAGGUAGAAGGGGACAUAGGCCAGUUCAGUGCAGAAUAAAUUCUGGAAGUCCUGCCAUGUGAAUACAUUUGCUGGGUGGCAGAAAGAAACACCAGCAUGUCUACAUGUAUCCUGAGCAACAUCUGCCAGGGACAAAGUCUUCUGGGGGUGCCUUGUGCUACUUUGCUUUUGUUUCGGGGAGGGGGGUUGUCCCAUUGGCUGGUCGAACAUCUCUGAGAGGCUGCAACCAGCCCUGCCUUUGGCCAUCAGGGCAGAAAGUGGUUGUCAAUCCCGCUAGGUAAGAGCCUCCAUUUUUUCAGUGUUAACCUCUAACACGGUCUUUUUCAACCUUGGCAAACUUUAAGAUGUCUGGACUUUAACUCCCAGAAUUUCCCAUCAGCAUGACAUAAAGUCAUGACAUCUAGAAUGACAACAUCUUAAAUGUUGUCAAGAUUCAGAAACACUCUGUAGCAUGAAGUGGGGCAAGGGACAGAUUCUUUGCUUCUCAUUUCCUUUCGAAGCCCAAUAAUGUUUGUCUUUUUCAGCUCAGGGAAAGCGCUAAUCUUUGAUUCCCUCCAUGCUUUAAAGGUGAACGACUGUGCGCUGUCAGGGACAAUGUGGACUUGAGGUAAUAGAGGUAAUAUUGCUGUUAGCGUGCCAAAUAUGGUUGUUUUUUUAAAAAAAAUUGUACUGUAUCUUUUGUGAAACUCUUGGUCUCCCUCUGUAACCAAGUAUUAUAAAAGGAGUUCGAUGCAGUUAUUAAUGCAACAAGGAGAUUGAAGAUGAUUCUGGCACUGAAAAAAUAAAGUAACUCCUGGAAGAAAGCCUUGGAGCCAGGAUACCUGCCUAGCAUGGAAGGAGUUUAGGAGAAAUUAUUAUGAUUGUUAUUAAUUAUAGAUCAGGUUCAAAAUGGAGACGAUGAAGGACAACUGAGAUCAGUUGUUUUUAAAGCGAACUUUUAAGUAAUUUUAAGGCUUGUUUGGAUCAGCAGUUGGUGUGGGAAGAUAUAUGGAGUUGCAUGAAGCCAUUUAUUGGGUCUAAUCUACUUUCCCAAAGUUGUUACUAGCUCAGGAAUGAUAGCAUUUUGUUCCCUACCGAGUUAAUGGUGGAGUUACAGGAGGAAGAGGGGGUGUUAGAACAGAAUCGUUAUCUGUGGGAGAAGAAUUCAUACACUCUGGCAGUAUUGCCCUGGUUUUUGGACUGCUGCUUCCUUCAGCUGAUUUAAAGUUUAGGGGUUUUUUCUUUGGGAGGGUUCCCCAUGUUGGGGGAUCAUUCCCAACAUGUCUGGCAGCCAUGUCUGGUGUAAUGUCUGAUGCAGAAGCUCCUGGGAGAUGAAAAUUGUUUUAGGCUGGUUAGAAUGCAGCAAAUUCAAACUGCUUGUUAUACGACCUCUCCCCUCUCUCUCCUCCCUCCCUCCCUCCCUCCCUCCCUCUGUUUCUUUCUCUUUCUGACAGCUUUUGACUCUCAUGUGCUACUUUCAAUACUUGUAGGCUAUUGUCAUCCUAUUAAUGGUUGUUGUGCCAUCAGUCAUAAUUUUGAAAUCGUUUAUGGGCCUCUCUCCUGAGGUAGGAAACCAACCUCAGACUCUGCUCACUCUCUUCAGGUUCUUAGACGAAUGUUAUGUCUAUAAAAAAGGCAGUCAGUUCCCCAGUUCUUGCUCCCAGUUGCUGCCAAUAAUAUGUGAUCUUACUAUAUUUCAAGCAGAUCCAGUACAAAGGGAAAUAUGUGUGUUAAACUUGAGAUUAGUAGAUAGCAAGGAAUGCUUCUAAAGUGAACCGGAAGCUUGUGAUGCCCUCCUUCUAAAUUUGACUACCUCAACUUGUCAUUCUCCAGAUACAUUGGACUAAAAGUCUCAUAAUCCUCAACCAGCAUGGCUGCAUGAACUUGUGCUCCAGCACAGUUAGAAGUGAAAACUGCUCUAGGUGGCUGUGGCCAAAAUCUGAGGGUUAUAACAAAUGUCUGCUUAAAGAUAUUCACGAAGUGCACCGUGACUAAAUAGGUUGCUUUUUUCAUGUUAUUUGUGGAAGAAGCAUUUUGUUAUAGUUUGUGUCAUUAUUUUGAGGGUUGUGCAUCCAAGAAAAAGAAGCCAUUCGCUAAAGCCUGUCUAGUUGGAGUUUCACCUUCAUGGCACAGCAUGGUAAUUUCUUUUCCUCCCCCCCCCC